AUGCGCAUUGCAGAAGUCAAGAACUCAAGGGAACAGCGCAUCGCCGCUCACUCACACAUCAAGGGUCUUGGUUUGAGAGAGGACGGAUAUGCUGAGCCUAUUGCCUCUGGAUUCGUUGGACAGGAGCAGGCCCGCGAGGCUUGCGGUGUGGUUGUGGAUCUGAUCAAGUCAAAAAAGAUGUCGGGACGUGCAUUGCUUUUCGCUGGAGCACCAGGAACAGGAAAGACGGCGAUCGCAUUGGCUAUUGCACAGGAGCUCGGCCCCAAGGUUCCCUUCUGCCCCAUGGUCGGAAGUGAAGUCUUUUCCAGCGAGAUCAAAAAAACCGAGGUCCUCAUGGAGAACUUCCGUCGCGCCAUCGGAUUGAGGAUCAAGGAGACAAAGGAGGUGUAUGAGGGAGAGAUCACAGAGCUGACGCCAGAGGAGACAGAGAACCCAUUGGGAGGAUACGGCAAGACCAUUUCGCACGUCUUGAUUGGAUUGAAGACUGUCAAGGGAACAAAACAACUCAAGCUGGACCCCUCGAUCUACGAGAGCAUCCAGAAGGAAAAGGUUACUGUUGGAGAUGUCGUCUAUAUCGAGGCCAACACUGGCGCAGUCAAGAGAGUCGGUCGCUCGGAUGCCUAUGCCACCGAGUUUGAUUUGGAGGCCGAGGAGUAUGUGCCCUUGCCCAAGGGUGAAGUUCAUAAGAAGAAGGAGUUAAUUCAGGAUGUGACCCUUCACGAUCUCGAUGUCGCCAACGCUCGCCCCCAAGGAGGUCAGGAUGUCAUGUCGAUGAUGGGCCAGUUCAUGAAGCCCAAAAAGACCGAAAUUACCGACAAGUUGCGUAAGGAGAUCAACAAGGUCGUCAACAAGUAUAUCGACCAGGGCAUCGCCGAGCUCGUCCCCGGAGUAUUAUUCAUCGACGAGGUGCAUAUGUUGGAUAUUGAGUGCUUUACGUACUUGAACCGCGCAUUGGAGUCGACACUUUCGCCAAUUGUUGUGUUUGCGACCAACCGCGGCAUGUGCGCAAUCCGCGGAACAGAGGACAUCAUGUCGCCCCACGGUAUCCCCGUCGAUCUCCUGGACCGUCUGUUGAUCAUCCGUACACUCCCUUACACAUUGGAAGAGAUCCGUGUGAUCAUUACGAUCCGUGCCAAGACUGAGGGAUUGACUAUUCAGGAUGAGGCAUUGGACUACCUUGCAGAUGUGGGUUUGAAGACCAGUCUCCGGUACUCUAUCCAGUUGUUGGCACCUGCCAACAUCAUGUCCAGGAUCAACGGACGUGAUGAUAUCGUUAAGGGCGAUGUUGAGGAGGCUACCGAUUUGUUCUUGGACUCGAAGCGUAGUGCAAAGAUUGUCACUGACGAGAACCGUGGCUUCAUUGUUUAA